UCCGAGCCUUUAGCCGCUAGCCGCCAGGAUUCUCACGGCUACCUGCUUUGCGUGUUGUUUUUUAUGAUUGCUUAUCCGGGUACGGAAAAACCAUGUCAAAGACCAGUUCGCCGGACAUAGCCAAUCCACUUCAAAAUGACAAGCUAAGCGUGAAUGAAAAGAUUCUUAAAGAAUGUCACAACCUCUACAUAGAGCCGGAAAAAGGUCUCAUUGAUAUUGCAAGUCAAUUUGGGUUGAAAUUACUUGCCCCAAGGAAGAAAAUAAUAAUUCUAUUAAUCGGUAAUCAUUCUGCUGGAAAAUCAUCAUUCAUCAACUGGUAUGUCGAAGAACAUGUGCAAAAAACUGGGGUCGCAAUUGAGACGCAAGGUAUUUGCCUCGUGACAUCAGGCAAAAGGCGAGAAUCGUUGAUGGGAAAUGCAACGUUACAUCUUUAUCCACACUUUAAGCCUCUCCAACAAAUUUCGGGAGUCAUGGACUUCUUGUCAACUGAAAUUUCAACUUCUAAUAAGAAGAAAUUUAGUCUGGUUACAUUCGUGGAUACUCCAGGAUUGGUCGACGGUGACAUGCAGUACCUGUUCGAUGUGAACGAAGCAGUUUUGUGGCUUGGUAGCAUGGCAGACUUGAUAUUUGUAUUUUUUGACCCAAUUGGCCAAGCACUGUGCAAGAGAACCUUGAAUUUAGUCGAAAAACUGAAUUCAACGAAUGCCGAGAAAAUGAGGUUUUACUUAUCCAAGGCAGACGAUGCUGGAAACGAGUCGGACAGACAAAGAGUAAUGAUGCAGAUAGUUCAAGAGCUUUGUAAGAGACCAGGAUUGAACCGAACAGGUUUUGAUAUGCCGACAAUUUUUAUACCAGAAUUGAACAAGCCUUCUAAAUGUACUAAUCAAAUUGAAGAAACCUGUCGUGAUAUUGAAAAGACAAUAAAUAGAACUAUACAGAAUACCUUGAACACGUUGGAAAAAGAUUGCAAUGAUAUUAAAACCCUAAUUCGUCAAGGACUUUCCAAAGAUGAAGCUGAUAAAAACUACAAUUAUAAGACUAUUUUACGCACUGCAAUGAUGGGAGGCGCUGCUGCUAUCAUACCCCUCGUGCUGUGCUUACACCUCGUAAUAACUGGUCUGGGAACAGACUUUAUGCACUCGGUAUUUGGCGAGGAGUUUACGUAUAUACUACACAAAUAUUUGAGUCCUGUAAGGAUCUUAUGGUCGAUUGUCCCUGCAAGUCAACAAUGGAACAUAUUUCUUGUGGUGCUUGCCUUGUCUGCUGUUCUGUUCCUGCUAACACAGUCAUCCCUAGGUCUGAGAACAACAUUGACACGCAAGCAGAAGCACUCGUAUAUUGAGAUGUUAGAUCAUGUGUGCAAUGUUGUUGUUACUAAGAAAACGCAAUUGUAUUUUGAAUACUUGGAACAGAGUGUAGGUGACCAUGAUUUGUGAAAUUGAAUAUCUGUUCCUUGUGAGGUAUUGAUAAACAUAUAUAACUUCACAAAAUAAUUGGACUAGCAUAUUUUAUACCAUGAACCUGACAUACGAUUUAUCUCACCAUUUUUUACUCAUAUACGCCCUUAAUCGUUCUCUAUCUUUAUUGUACUAGAUCUAUGAGACUUUCAAUCCAAUCAGAGUAUGGUUUUUAUCAUACUGGUUUUUAUUGUUUGCAAAAAAAAAAUGUAUUACUUCAACGUAGAAGUAUAAUGAUAGAAUAAUUUUAUCGAAAACUUGUGAUUUGGUAUUAAUAUGUAUUGUUUUAUUAUACUAAACAAAAACCUGAAUUUAAGGAGAUCUGAUUAAUUGUAAAUGACUGCCACUGGCAUUUUAAUUACUUAAGUUGCCUGGACUUACAUGACAAAAUGGCUGCUAUAUACAUUUGGAUGUGAAAUCAGGCAUUUAUUGAAUUUUAUACAUAAAUUUGCAAUACAAUGUGAUUUUUAAAUACAACAAUUAAUACUCAUGUUAUUCAAUCAUUUAAUAAAUACAUCCCUACAAUGUA